AUGGCCCUAAGUAAUAUGCCUUUCACCGGACUCUACGACGAGAGGGGUACGGCUUGCCCGGCUUCACUUAUCCAUUGCUCUGUUGAGGUGUCAAUACAUGGACUUCGAAACCUUGUAUCCCUGGGGUUCUUGUUCCAGAAUACAUCCCAGAACGACUUUGCAGAUGCGGUGUUCCACUGUCGUCUCGCCGAAGACUCUUCUGUAACUUUCAUCGAUUGUAGUAUCGAAAGGUGUACCGACAAAUUGAUAUCGGGGGAUCCCGAAGAGCGACUCGAGCCUAGAAAAUGCUCGAAUAUAUUACAUUUCGGCUCGUUCUUCCAGUGUAACGUUGGGCGUGUGGAGGCUGGAAAGGACGCGGUCAUAUUUAUUCGCCAGCAGCAACCGGAAGCACCUUCUGACGUGUAUGCCAGCUACAUUUAUGAAACAGUUGUCGAAGAAAUGCUGUCCACCUCUCCGUUCCUCUUCCUUCGUCCCUAA